UGAGUUAGAAAUUCCCUCCCUGCCCGGGAUCCCUCCGCCUGCAGUAGCGGUGGUGAGGCCGAGGGAGCCGCCAUUUUGGAUGUUCGGUUCCUGCUGCCACUGCUGCCGCCGCCCCCGAAGCUGCUGGUUUCAUUCGAGGUUUCGGGCCGAGGAUGCCAGCCCCCAUCAGAUUGCGGGAGCUGAUCCGGACCAUCCGGACAGCCCGAACCCAAGCUGAGGAACGAGAAAUGAUCCAGAAAGAAUGUGCUGCAAUCCGGUCAUCAUUUAGAGAAGAAGACAAUACAUACCGGUGUCGGAAUGUGGCAAAGUUACUAUAUAUGCACAUGCUGGGCUACCCUGCUCACUUUGGACAGUUGGAGUGCCUCAAGCUAAUCGCCUCCCAAAAAUUCACAGACAAACGCAUUGGGUAUUUAGGAGCAAUGCUGCUAUUAGAUGAAAGACAAGAUGUGCAUCUUCUCAUGACCAAUUGUAUCAAGAAUGACCUUAAUCAUAGCACGCAGUUCGUACAGGGGCUAGCACUUUGUACCCUUGGCUGCAUGGGCUCCUCAGAGAUGUGCAGAGAUCUUGCAGGAGAGGUAGAGAAGCUUCUGAAAACCUCCAACUCGUACUUAAGAAAAAAGGCAGCACUGUGUGCUGUUCAUGUCAUCAGGAAGGUUCCUGAACUUAUGGAGAUGUUUUUACCAGCAACAAAAAAUUUAUUGAAUGAGAAGAACCAUGGUGUCCUUCACACGUCUGUAGUCCUCCUCACAGAGAUGUGUGAACGGAGCCCAGACAUGCUCGCACAUUUCAGAAAGCUUGUGCCCCAAUUAGUUCGUAUUCUAAAGAACCUCAUCAUGUCCGGAUAUUCCCCAGAACAUGAUGUUUCUGGCAUCAGUGACCCAUUCUUGCAGGUACGAAUUUUGCGGUUAUUAAGAAUUUUAGGACGGAAUGAUGAUGAUUCAAGUGAAGCCAUGAAUGAUAUAUUAGCACAGGUUGCCACUAAUACAGAGACUAGUAAAAAUGUAGGAAAUGCUAUUCUCUAUGAAACGGUUUUGACUAUUAUGGAUAUUAAAUCGGAGAGUGGAUUGCGAGUUCUAGCCAUAAAUAUUCUCGGUCGAUUCUUAUUGAACAAUGACAAAAAUAUUAGAUAUGUUGCUCUGACAUCUCUGUUGAAGACUGUGCAGACAGAUCAUAAUGCUGUCCAGAGGCACAGAAGCACAAUUGUGGACUGUCUAAAGGAUCUGGAUGUCUCAAUAAAAAGACGUGCAAUGGAAUUGAGCUUUGCCCUGGUAAAUGGGAAUAAUAUCCGAGGCAUGAUGAAGGAAUUACUUUAUUUUCUGGAUUCAUGUGAGCCAGAAUUUAAAGCUGAUUGUGCAUCUGGAAUCUUUCUUGCUGCAGAAAAGUAUGCACCUUCCAAACGGUGGCAUAUAGAUACAAUUAUGCGUGUCCUGACAACGGCAGGAAGUUAUGUUCGUGAUGACGCAGUCCCCAACCUGAUUCAGUUAAUAACCAAUAGUGUGGAGAUGCACGCCUACACUGUCCAGCGCUUGUACAAAGCAAUUCUUGGUGAUUAUUCUCAACAACCCUUGGUACAAGUAGCUGCGUGGUGUAUAGGUGAAUAUGGCGAUCUUCUUGUGUCUGGCCAGUGUGAAGAGGAAGAGCCUAUUCAGGUGACUGAAGAUGAAGUGCUAGAUAUUUUAGAAAGUGUCCUGAUCUCUAACAUGUCCACCUCUGUGACGAGAGGUUACGCUCUCACUGCCAUUAUGAAACUCUCUACUCGAUUUACCUGUACUGUAAACCGAAUUAAGAAAGUGGUUUCCAUCUAUGGAAGCAGCAUCGAUGUAGAGCUCCAGCAGAGGGCAGUAGAAUACAAUGCACUUUUUAAGAAAUAUGACCACAUGAGGUCUGCCCUACUUGAAAGAAUGCCUGUCAUGGAAAAAGUGACCACAAAUGGCCCUUCUGAGAUUGUGCAGACAAAUGGAGAGACAGAACCAGCUCCACUAGAAACUAAACCACCACCCUCUGGGCCACAACCCACCAGCCAGGCCAAUGACUUAUUGGAUUUGUUGGGAGGAAAUGAUAUAACACCUGUUAUUCCAACUGCACCUACGAGCAAACCGGCAUCAGCUGGUGGAGAACUUCUUGACUUGCUGGGAGACAUCACCCUAACAGGUGCUCCAGCUGCUGCUCCUACCCCUGCCUCAGUGCCACAGAUAUCCCAGCCCUCUUUCUUGUUGGAUGGGCUUUCGUCACAGCCUCUCUUCAAUGACAUUGCUCCAGGCAUCCCUUCCAUCACAGCAUACAGUAAGAAUGGCUUGAAGAUAGAAUUCACCUUUGAACGGUCAAACACCAACCCCAGUGUAACAGUGAUAACGAUACAGGCAUCUAACAGCACAGAGCUAGACAUGACGGACUUUGUUUUCCAGGCUGCAGUACCAAAGACAUUCCAGCUGCAGCUUCUGUCUCCUAGCAGCAGCGUUGUCCCAGCAUUUAAUACAGGGACCAUCACUCAAGUCAUCAAAGUUCUGAACCCACAGAAGCAACAGCUGCGAAUGCGGAUCAAGCUCACAUAUAAUCACAAGGGCUCAGCAAUGCAAGAUCUAGCAGAAGUGAACAAUUUCCCCCCUCAGUCCUGGCAAUGAGGGUGCAGCCCAUUCUCAUUCUUAUCCAACUCAAUCAAAGGAAUUCUGGGAAGGAGGUUGUGAUUGCUGGCAAGUCCCCCCAACUGUACCAUGGGCACGAGGAGCUGAGAGAACUGUUGAGGAAGGUUUUCCUCAAGUUACUGCUGACCUUGAAGCAUCGGUAAAGACUCAUGUCCUCUCCUUCACUGUUGAGGCUGGCUGCUUCUGGAGGCUACUUUGCACUCUUCCUCCUCUCCUUCCUUUUCCGCACUUCAUCCCUCCCACAAUUGCAGCCAGAAUCAACAUUCUCUGGGCCACUGAGGCAAUCAGCAGCUGGUCUGGAGGAGAGGACUAGAAUUCAUGGCAAGAAAACACUCACUCUGUCUCUGCAGCAAAGAGUGGCCCCUUCUUUCUACUGUUGUGUCUCUGUGGACUGGGCAAGGUGGGGUGUUUAUUCCUCACUAGCUGGUUACCAUCGUAAGGCGCUUUGUACAUCAGGCAUUUGGAAUGGAUUGUAACAAUGGACAUAAGGGAGCCCUGCCCUUUUCUGCUGGUUCUCCCAAUGUUUGAAAGAGGCAUUAGGCUCCUGGCAGCCUUUUCUGUGCAUUGCUGUAUACACACAGACACACAUGUAUGUAUGUUUGUUAUAUAAAAAAACAAAACAAAAAAAAAAACAAAACUGGUUAGACCUUGAGAGGUUGUUUGUAAACACUGGACAGAUGCAGUUCAAAGAGCUUUUGUUGAAAUUUGGCAUGAAGGAUAUGGUGCUCUAUUUGUAAUAGAAACUCCAAGGCUCUUCCAGCUCCCCUUUCUCUCCAUUCUUUAGCUGUAGUCAUGAGUUCUCUCUCCAUGAUUUUCAAAAUCAAUUCCCCCUUAAAGUGCAAAGUGGACACUUUCUAAAAAGAUACGUGAAUAGUUAAUAAUGACCCUUUCCCAACACAGUGAUUCUCCCAAGCCCGUCACUUGCUGUGGUAAAUGGGUCAAAAAAAAAAGGAGUUCAGUCCUAAGGAGCAGAUGCUGUCACAAAACCCCAUGGCCCAUAGGAAGAGCAGUACCAGACUCAAUCUGGAGCAUAUUGGACUCGGCUUAUCCAUUGCUCCAAACCUCCCCUUUAAUUUCCUGAGCCUGGCUUGGACCUUGGCAUUCCGUUUGAAUUCCUUCUUCUAACUGGAACAUUUGUGUUGUAUCUGUAACACUGGCACUGAAAUAAAGACCACACGGUUAAAGAAAUUUUUCCUACAUUGUGCUUUAUGGUGUUGAAAUGAAGCCUUGUAGCUUCCUUGCCCCUAUAUGAGAGCAAGUCUUAUGGCCACCAUAGGGUAGGAGUAUCCUGUCCUGAGGAUGAGAAAUUGGUCUCUUGAAAGAAACCAAUCUCAUGAACACCUGCAUUAAAGAUUUGAGCUUUUUAAACAGUAAGAGUGCCGAGUGUUUUUUAGAAAAGACCCUGAUGUUACCAAACUUGUAUGUUGCUUUGCUGGAGUGAGGUGAAGGUGAUGGUCUGUGGUACUCGUUGAAUGUACUAUGUACGUUCAGGUAUUCAGGCACCAUGUCUAGUUUACUGCAGGAGAAAGAAAAAGUGCCCCCCCCUUGCUUGUAAAGCCUUUACAAUUGUUACUGUAUUGUGCAGUAAAAUGACACUUUGGCUUCAGUUUUAAACCUUGAUACAAAUCUCCUUUUCUCCAUUUCACCAAGCCUUUACUUAAAAUCUUCAGUGUCUUGUCAAAGCUAGCUCUGUAUCAGAUGCUAGACUAUUCCCAACAUUGACAAACUGGAGUUGAGCUAAAGGCUCCAAAAGGGAAAGUUUCUGGUCUUAAUAGUCUUUUAAGAGCAAGGCUGACUGAAA